ACUCAUCGUCCAGGUCGAUCACGUGACGAGCUGUCAGCGUCCCUUCCCCUGUGUGACCCGGCAGAACCAGAUCAGCUGGUGUUUGUCUCCCGCCCCGCUUCGUGCGGGCGCCGGUUGCUUGGAUCCAGGGGCCCCUCCUGCAGCAUGGCGCAGCAACGUGGGGUGAACAGCCUGCGUUUCAACCAGGACCAGAGCUGCUUCUGCUGCGCGAUGGAGUCCGGGGUGCGAAUCUACAAUGUGGAGCCGCUCAUGGAGAAAGGGCACCUGGAUCACGAGCAGGUGGGCAGCGUGGCCCUGGUUGAGAUGCUGCAUCGAUCCAACCUCUUGGCCAUUGUAGGGGGAGGAGGGAAUCCCAAAUUCUCAGAGAUCUCAGUGCUGAUUUGGGACGACGCCCGCGAGGGGAAGGGAGGCAAAGACAAGCUGGUUCUGGAAUUCACCUUCACCAAACCUGCCCUGGCCGUGCGCAUGGGACACGACAAGAUCAUCAUUGUUCUGAGGAACCGGAUUUACGUUUAUUCCUUCCCGGAGAACCCCACCAAGCUCUUCGAGUUCGACACGCGGGACAACCCCAAAGGGCUCUGCGAUCUCUGUCCCAGUCUGGAGAAGCAGCUGCUGGUGUUCCCCGGGCACAAGUGUGGCAGCCUACAGCUGGUGGACCUGUCGAGCACCCAGCCGGGCACCUCGUCAGCGCCGUUCACCAUCAACGCCCACCAGGGCGAGAUCGCCUGCGUCUCCCUCAACCAGCCGGGCACGGUGGUGGCGUCGGCCUCCCGCCAGGGCACCCUCAUCCGCCUCUUCGACACCCAGAGCAAGGAGAAACUGGUGGAGCUGCGGCGGGGCACGGACCCCGCCACCCUGUACUGCAUCAACUUCAGCCACGACUCGUCGUUUCUCUGCGCGUCAAGCGACAAGGGGACGGUUCACGUCUUCGCCCUGAAGGACACACGCCUCAACCGCCGCUCCGCGUAGGUACCCCCCCGGAACCCCCCCUGCGUAGGU